AUGACUUUUCUGUCUGAAUUGUCAGAUUUAGAUAUUGAAGUUCUAAAGGAAGAAGUUCAAAGAGCAAAAGAAGUCCAAAAGAAAGGAGCUCAAAUACCAAAAAAUGUUUUAAGGAAAGAAGAAGAUGAAUCAAUAGAAAAGGGAAAGAAAGACGAAUCAGAACAACAUGCUUUUGAUUUACAAAUCAAAUAUUUAAAGAAAAUGUUGGAAGCUGUCAUCAAGGGAAAGAUGCUUGAAGUGGAUCUGAAAGAUAUAAUAUUAAUUGAUCUGAAAAAUAUAACAUUAGACAAGGAGGAUGAUAUUAUUACUACAAAAGUUGACCAAAUCAUAAAAGUUAUUCUGAAAGCUACAGAGUAG